UUAUUUGAUCCACUGAAAAAUGGUUCCCAGUUUUUUUCUCAAUACUGUUUCUUGUCUGAUCCCAGAAGAGAAGGAUCCAUUGUACUGGGACCUGUGGCAUGCAUGCGCGGGCCCCCUCGCCGCUGUUCCUCGAGUCGGUGAGAAGGUCUUCUACCUCCCACAAGGACACAUCGAACAGGUUGAGGCAUUCUCAAAGCUUGAUAAUGAUCUGAAAAUGCCCAUCUACCAUAUACCUUCCAACAUUCAGUGCGCAGUUGUAAAUGUUGAGUUAAAGGCGGAAAAGGAAACAGAUGAGGUGUUCGCUCAAAUAACACUGCUUCCAGAAACGAAGAAUGACAAUAACCUGCGGCAUGGACUGCUUGAAUCUCUCCCUCGGAGUCCUCAGAGGCCUAAAGUGUUCUCCUUCUCCAAAGUUCUCACUGCAUCUGAUACAAGCACGCAUGGCGGAUUCUCUGUUCUCAAGAGGCACGCUGAUGAAUGCCUUCCACCUCUGGACAUGUCUCAGCAAACCCCAUCACAGGAACUGAUAGCUAAAGAUCUCCAUGGUGUACAAUGGCGUUUCCGUCAUAUAUAUCGUGGCCAGCCUAAGCGACAUCUUCUCACUAGUGGUUGGAGUACGUUUGUUAGCAGUAAAAGGCUAACAACGGGUGACGCUUUCAUUUUCCUUAGGGGCGAGAAUGGAGAACUUCGUGUUGGGACUCGUCGUUCUACGAAGCCACAAAGCAAUGCUUCAGCAUCUGUGAUAUCUGGUCACAGCAUGCAAAUUGGAGUUGUUGCCACUACAUCCCAUGCGCUUUCCACUGGGACCAUCUUCAGCGUGUACUACCGGCCUAGGACAUGCCCAUCUGAAUUCAUAGUUCCUUAUGAUCAAUACAUAGCAUCAAUCAGUAGGGUUUAUUCAGUUGGAAUGAGAUUCAGAAUGAAGUUUCAGUCUGAAGAAUUUCCAGACCAAAGUCUUGCAGGUACUGUAGUUGAUGUAGAAGAUCUUGAUCCGAUUGGCUGGCCUGGUUCUAAAUGGAGGUGUCUCAAGGUUCGUUGGGAUGAGACCUCUGCAACAGCAAUGCUUCCUGACAGGGUUUCCCCAUGGAAGAUUGAACCAAUAGGAGUUACCAGCAUGAGCUGUCCUUCACUUCUAUCCCGAGUAAAGAGAGCAUGUCCUAGUCAUUCAGCAACUCAUGAACCAUCAUCAUCCACCUUGGUAGCAGAUGGCUCAUCACAGGGUUCAAUCAUGCCUGGACUACCAACUCAGAGACAGCCAGGGGUCUUGCAAGGUCAAGAAAUGGGAGACACAAGUGCUCACAGCUCAGGGAAUGUGCAGAGGCCAUUUUUGCCACUUCGAGUUCCUCCCCUGAGCUCUGAUAAAGUUCAGACACAGAUGGAGUUGGAGAACAACCUGCCCCUUCCAAUGCAUGCUCCACCUUAUCUGUAUUCUGGAAAUGCUAUACCUAAUGGAAUUCGGCAAGGUUCAGGGCUUAGUACCUACCGUCCUCCGCCAUUUUCUUCAUAUGGGUCUGGUGGAAAAGUUGGAUUAAGAAGGAACUGCUCUGGUUCAGAUUUUGCCUCCCAUGGUUCUGGACUGCAGGAACAGAUGGCUCCUGAGAAAAGAGAAAGAACUGAGAGACCAAUGAUCCAACCAAAACCCAGCGGAAGUUGCAUGCUCUUUGGUGUUGAUUUAGUUAAAAGGCCUACAGUGUGUCCAUCACAGCCUGUUGUGGCUGGUGGAGAGGUCCGCCAUCCUUCCCCUGUUCCUACAUUGGCAUCUCAGUCGGGCACUACAGAGUCGGUGCAGCUCUCAGAGCCAUCCAGGAGAAUGAAUCCAUCCAAUUCCUGUGCAUCCGGCAGCCUUCCGGAGAAACCCUGCAAAAACUGUUGCUCAAUUGCUAGCCGGAGUUUCACCAAGGUCCACAAGUAUGGAAGUGUUCUUGGGCGAUCAGUGGACUUAACAAGAUUCAAUGGGUAUGAUCAACUUGUUGGUGAGCUUGACCAGAUGUUUGAAUUUGGAGGGAAGCUCAAGGAUAGAAGCAAUGGCUGGGUCAUUGCAUACAAAGACAUUGAUGGUGACAUAAUGUCUAUUGGGGAUUCUCCAUGGCUAGAGUUCCGGUCGAUGGUGCGAAAGCUGUUAAUCUACCCAGAGAAAGAAGCUGACAAGCUAUUGGCAAGAUCCCCCACUUCUCCAGAUGAUAAAAUCACUUGAAGCUCUUUUAGUUUCAGAUAGAUUCCCUGCAUCUUCUGGUGUCCUGGAGGCAUGUAAAGAAUACGUGAUAAUAUGGAGAGGGAAAGGUUCUAGGAGGGACCUCCA